CACGUUCGUACAAGCGUUUGGUUUGCUUCAAGUAAAAAGUUAUAGAAAAUGCGCUGGCCAACAGUUGCAUUAGUUGCACUUCUCGGAGCAGCCGGUGUCCUUGGCUGUGAUGUUCCACUCAGACAUUACACAACGAUGGGAUGCACUCCCAUCGGUAAGCUGACCUCCGGAUGCCCGGAGCGAUAUGAGUGUCCUUCGAUAACGGCACACGACAACGAGAAGUGCUACUUCAACGGGAAAAAGUACAACAUCAACGACAGCGUGCCGGAUGGUGAAGUUGCCCAAUUUUGUUCUGUUUUGUGCUACUGUCGUGCCGCUAAACCGUUUGCCCAGUUUCGCUGUGCUCACAUAGACUGUCCGGAGUUUUUCCAUCGUUUCGAUUACGAAAAUUGCCUACGCACGUACAGGAAGGGUGGAUGCUGCUCGGUCAAAUCGGUUUGUGGUGCCGAGCGUGAUAAGCUGGCCCAAUGCGAGCUGGAGAACGAAAUCUACAAGGAAGGUCAGCGUAUCCAAUUCAAGAAUAAUCCGUGCCGUACCUGUAUCUGUACCGCGGGCUUCAAUGCCAACGCCACCAACACGGACCCGAACUGCUACGAAACAACCUGUGGCUUUGAGUUGUUCCAGGAAAAGCUUGUUUACGGUGGUGCUGUUCCGGUCUACAAGAAGGAUCGCUGCUGCCCGUGGGAAUGGCGUUUGCCUCAAGAAUCGGAUAAAGUUAUACGGAGUGCCCCAACGGUCUCCAAUGAUCCCAACCUUCAAUGCAAGUACGGUAAACUGACGCUCAAUGUAGGAGACAAGUUGGACAUUCAGCAGAAGGCUGAAGAGAAUCAGAAAAUGAGCUGCACCUGCGCGGUUCCUCCACUGCUACAUUGCCUCCUGGACUAAAACUGAUGAUUUUAACAGCAGAUAAUAAAUAUAAUGCUGCUUUAAGUUAACGAAAGCUACAUUUGAA